AUGGAAUGGGAAACUUCUUAUUCCACAUUUAAAAUAACAUCAGCUUUUAGAACACUGACAACGUUUUCUGACAACAACUGUACGAGUCAUCAAAUAAAUAUUUAUUUUGUUUGUGGAACUAAUCAAAUCCGUCGAUAUAAAUUAAUUCAGUCAAAUGUAUUGCACUUUGAAGAAUUAGGUAUGAUAUGCAGUUUUUGGAGGGAAGAAGAAUCGACCUCAAAAUAUCAGCAAAAUACUUGGAUUCAAUUAAAUGAUCUGCCAUAUAAUAAACAAACUAUACAUCCAGGUUUGAUUGCAGCUUCUCGUCUGGCAUUAUUUUCUAACUACAUAUCCUCAACUGAUGUUAAAACAGGUUACAGUUUAGUCGCAGCCAACGUUCAGCAUGAAACGGCACCCGAUCUAAUCGGACCUCAGAUUUACGCGUUUGGUCCUAAAGAUCAGUUGAGUGAUGCAUUCAAAAAGUCAGAGAAGUUGCAACAAUACGGUUGCUAUUAUCAUCACGACAUUACAUCGAAAAGAAAAGUAACUGAACAGAAAAAUCAGUUUUUUGAUGGCUGGCGAUCAAACUCUUAUUCCAAAUUAUGGUUUGGUGAAAAUGUACAGUUUCUCUCAAUUAACAAUGUAAAUUCCAAAUAUUUCUACAUCAUAUUUACUGAACAAGAUAUAAGUGGACCGUAUACUGCCUACGAAGGAUCACUUUCUAAUAUUGCAAGUACAAUAACACGAAUUGGUCGAGUAUGUCAACAUGAUCCAGGUUCAAAAUUAUCAGCAUCAAUUUUACCAAAUGGUGGUGGAGUAUUUACAACUUUUCGAAAAACUCAACUUGUUUGUCGUGGAUAUUCAUCUGAUUCUGUUCAUCUACAAGAAACAAAUCAUCAUCAGACUUAUGAUAAUUUUAAUGGACAAGAAAAUACUAAGGAUAGAUAUUUCAAUGAACAGAAAAUAACAAAUGAAAAAAGUUAUUUAGAAUUCAAUCGAGCGAUUGCUGUUAGUGAGAUUGUUCCAACAGUUGAUAUGACUGACCAUGUUUUCUACGCUCUUAUGACCACGAUUGAUUCGAUCUCUGGUCUAUACGCAUUAUGUGCAUUCAACUUGAAUAGUGUAGAUCAAAAUUUAAACACUGAUCAUUUAAUCAAAUUUAAACAAUCAAAUAAAGCAUACAAUGGUUUAUCUCGUAUGGUAUGGAGAGGUAAUAAUAAUAAUACUGAAACAAAUUCAUCAUCAACCCAUUACAAUUAUUAUAAAUAUACAUCGAAAUGGACUGUAGAUGUUGUUUCACCGUCAAAAAUGACACAAGAAAUAAUAAGAACUUCUAAAGCAUGUCCAUCAAAGUCACUACCUGAUUAUUAUUCACAAUUUGCUACAUUACAUCCAUUAGUUGGUACAAGUGUAUGGGCUUUAAAUAUGAUAAAUGCCGUAGAAAAUCAAACAACCACAACAACAAAUGAACGCAUUACUCUACUAAAACAACCUGGUAAAGCAUUGAAAAUAUUUACAAUGAAUGAUUUAAGUAAUGAAACAAUAAUAUCUACAGAAACACCAAUUGAUUUCAAAGUACAUUGGGCUAAUUCAAUUCAAGAUAAUAGUGAAACCGAUAUUAUUUAUAUUGUUACAAAUAAAAAUACAAUCUUCACUAUUGAAACUGGUAUCAAAUUAAAACAACAAACUGUGUAUAAUCAAAUUUUAAAAUUUAAAAAAAAUUCAAAUAUAUUAAAUACAACCAAUUAUUUUAUAAAAACAAAUAAAAAUAAAAAGUUUCAAAUAAUGGAUCAAUUUACAAUAAUUGAUAAUAAUAAUAAUAAUUCUAUAAUACAAUCUAUAUAUAAAUGUAAUAUAAGUAGUAUGUUAUCAGUAAAUAUGAAAUUUAUUCAUUCUAUUAAAAAAACUGAAAAUUAUAUAAAUACAAAUCAAUUAAAUGAGAAAAUAUUAAAACAAAAUAAAAUUAUUCAUUUUUAUCCUAAUAAAAUAAUAUGUGAUACUUAUUUCUUAUGCAAAAAUUGUCAGUUAACUAAUAAACAUUAUUGCAAAUGGAAUGAUAACAAUCAUAGUUGUUUGUUAAAUGAUUCUUCGUAUUCUCAACUUAAAUCAAUGGAUUCCAAUUUAUAUCGUUUUUGUAAUGAUGAUAAUCAUGAUGAUGAAGUUUACAUUAACCAACCGAAACGAUAUCAUCUACUCCGUAGUUUUUCAAAUGAAUCUAAUGCUAAUAAUAUUAUAUCAAAAAGGCAAAUUACAAAUGUGAAAUUCCCCAAUGAUGAAUUAAACUUAGUGAUUAUUCGUGAAUCAACACCGUCAAUGAUUAAUACAAAAACAAUAAAUUAUAAUAAACAUAUUAAUGCCAAUAAUCGAAAUCAUAGUAAUCAUAACGAAACUGAAUUUAAUUAUAAAUCAUUAUAUAAUCAUAUAUUCAAUGGUAUUCUUAUAUUAUCUAUUCUUAUUAUAUGUAUAUCACUAAGUAUGAUAUGUGGUUACUUAAUAGGUAACAAAAAUUAUUUAAAACAAUACACAGUAUAUAAUAAAAUGAAACGUCUGUUACAUCAUCAUCAUCGACAUCAACCGAACUAUUAUCGUUCCUCAUCAGCUUCUUCAUUCUCUUCGUCUACUUUUCAUAAUCGAUAUAAUCGUUACAUUGAUCUGUCUAGUGAUCAAAUUGAAAUGUUUCAUUCCAACUGUAAUGAACAUUACUAUCAUCAGAAUUACUGUGAAUGUAGUCAGCAACGUCUUCAAAAAACUAUAAGUGGUAGGAACGAAUAUGCUAAUGAUAAAAAUUAUAAAGGGGAUUUUAUGAAUUCACAGAACCAUAGUAAUAUUCUGAAUACUAUCGCUAAUAAUAAUAAUAAUAAUAAUAAUAAUAAUAAUAAUAGUAAUAAUAAUAAUAAUAAUACAGUGAGGAUUCUGCAAAAUUUAUUAGAAAAACGUAAUACAACAAUACAUGGCUGCUUUUAUCAUUAUUAUAAUGAUGAUGAUCAAUCAAACGAAACAUCAAAUGAAAUUAUGUCGAAUGAUUAUAUUGUAACACCGAAUCAGCAAUCAUCAACAAGAACUACAAAUAAUGUACACUUAUAUUAUACUACUGAUAAGCAUAUAAAUAGCACUGAUAAUUAUAUAAAAUCUAGGCAUAUGAAAGUAAAUCCAUUAAUUGCAGUCAGUGUGAUAAGUGAGAAUUUACCACAUAAAAACAUAUCCACACAUAAUUCAACUAUAAUCUCAUCAUUAGCAUCAACAUCAUGUUUUUCACCAUUACAAACAUCGAAUACAACAACAUCAGUAGCAGUAACAACGAACAUGUUUGCUUCUACAACAACAAAUACUAUUACUACUCAAUUGACUUCAGCCUCUUGUUUUACACCAACACAAUCAUCUAGAUUAUUUCAACAACGAUUUCAAUCAUCUAUCGGAUUCAAAAGUCCCAAUAAUUAUUUAGUGACAAAUAAUAAUAAUUCUAAUCAACAUUAUUACACUUAUGUAACAAUGAAAUCGUCUGGAACAGCUAUUGAACACAAUAAUGAUAGCAAUCGUUUGAAAUCUGAGAAUAGAUUAAGAACUAAUAAUGAUGGUGCAAUGUUAUAAUAUCCUC